AUAGAAAAAAGAAGAAAAAAUUAAAAUAAAAAAGGCAAACAGACAACACUAACAAAUUAAAGAAAAUUUAACAAAAAUAUGUUUGGAAGUGACUUCAAGAGUUUUAUAAACUCUUCUUAAGGACCAUAAAAAACAGAAAUUGACUCUCUGAUUGAAGGAAUUAACUAACAUAAAGAUGAAGAAUCUAAAUAAUUAUACACUAUUCUAAAUUAUUUAAAAUAUGGGUCUUAAAAAAUAUUACCAAGCAAAAAAGAUUCCAUUCUCAUUUUUGGUAAUACUGGUUCUGGAAAGACUUCGCUUUUUGCUUUUUUGUGUAGUCUCGACCUAGUUGUGAAUGUUGUUGAUUAUGAUGCUGUUUUAUAAUACAAAAAUCCAUCUCAUAAAGAAUAUGGGAUGAUUGGAUCUAGCUUCAUAGAAUCUUAAACAUUUAUCCCAAAUAAAUUCUCUUUUGAAAAUGUUGAUAUCUGGGAUUGUCCUGGUUUUUAGGAUAGUAGAGGUGAUAUUAUAGAUGUGGUCAACUCUUAUUUUAUGCAUAAAAUCAUAACAGGCUCUUAAGGUAUCAAAUUAAUUUUUCUUUUAGAUGGAUAAAUAUUCGAGCAAAAUGGAUUUGAGUAAAAAGGUAAAUCUCUCAAAUAAAUAUUCGAAGUAAUCUACCAAUUAACUAAAAACUCAAAAAUUGACUUUGGAGCUAACAUAAUGUUCAUAUUUUCCAAAACCAGCAAUCCUCUUCAAUUUUAUUAAUAAAAACUACACUACUUUUUAGAUUAAAUUGUUUAGUCUCCUAAUUACACAAAUUAAUUAAAGGAAAAAUUUAACUUCCAUGAUUACAAAUAGUUUUACAAUAAACUAAAGUAAGUAACAGUUGAUACAUUUCCUUUGGCUGAUGAAGAUAUGGAAGGCAAAGAGUAUGGUACUAAAUAGUAAAGAGAGUGUCUAAAUUCUAAAAUUAAUAAACUAAAGUAUUACUACUAAAAUGAUUUAGAUAUUCCAUUUGCUAUAUCAUCUUAAGGAUAGAUAAAAAUCAUACAAAGAUACUCUUUUAAUUAGGUUUGUGAUACAUUUACUGCUUUAUGUUAUAAUAUUUCAAGCUCAAUUAAGAGCUUUGAUGAAAAAUAAACUAUGCAAGCAGACAACAUUCUACAACACUACAAAAUGAAUUAGGAUCCAUCAAAUUUAUAAACUAACUUAGAUGUUUUUAAAUUUAUCAAAUCAUAAUUAAUAAUUCCUUUAAUCAAUACGAUAAGUUUAUAAAGUUAAUCUUCAAAUAGAAUCCAAGAAAAUUUAACUUUAACUUCAUAAAAAUAAAUAGAAAUAAUUGAAUUCUUUUUAUCAGAAGUUUAUGAUAGCAUUUUGAAUAACUUAAAUUUAUCCAUUAAGUUAAAUACUUAAUUGUAAUUUGGAAAAUCAGAGACAGAAUAUGGUUUUUUUAUGCUUAAAAAUACUCUUGAAAACUAAAAAAAAAUUAUCACAUAAAAUAAAAUUUUAAUGGAAAUGUAGAAGCAAUAAAAUGAUCAAGAAAUGCUUAUCCUUUCUCUUGAGUAUUAAAUUAAUUAAUAAGAAAAAAAUAUUGAUGAAAAGACUUCCUAAUUAAAUUAGGUAAUUAAUCAGAUUGAAUAAAGCGAACAAAAAAUAAUUGAAGCCUAAUAAUUUUAUAAUGAGCAGCAGAAAUAAAUUCAAAUAAUUUAAUAGGAAAUCAAUGACAAAAAAAUUUUAAUUGAGUAGUCAAUAUAGCAAUUAGAUUAGAUCAACAAGCACUUCUAAUCUUGCUAAUAAUAAAUGGAUACACUAUGUUAAGAAAUAAAGAAAUAAAACAUUUUACUUGAUAAAGAGAGACAAAGGAGCAAAGAUUUACAGCUUUAGAAAACUUAACUUGAAUUAAAUUAUCAAUAUGAAAUGUAAAAAUAGUAAUAGAAAAAUAAAUAAUAAGAUGGUUUUCUUGGCUUAUUUUUGAAUAUAGUUUCAACUGUCAUGUAAAUUCCAGCAACUAAAAAACUAGAAAUACCAAAAAUUUGA